GAUAUGAGACGUUGUUUAAAGGCUGAACGUUUACAACGUCAAAAACGGCAUUUUGAGGAAUCCAAGAAGAAACACGAAGCCAUCCGUGCCAGGAUUUUAGCUGCCCAACGUCAAGAAGCUAAGCAAUAAAUACAAUAUGGCUUGUGAUAUUCUACAAUCAAUUAAGCUAGAUAACAACUACAAAUCCUUCACUGAUAGAUAUUUCACCAAACGCUACAUAAUUGACUUCAAUGGCAUUAAGAAUAAUGACAUUAUGAUUAUGUUCCACUCAAAUAGAGUUGCAUUACUUUGUUUGGCACCAAGCCAUUUCUUUUUUCAAAAUAAUAAUAAUUAUAAAUUGAACUUUUCUGUAGGAAAUGUAGAUAGAUUGAGUAAUACUGUUAAAGGCAAGAGUAAGAAAGGUGGACAAAUGUUGAACCCCAAAUCAGUAAUUUGUAAGAUAGAUUAUGAAGAUGGCACAAGUUUUGAUGUACCCAGUUGCAUGAAGAGUACCCUGAUAGAAAUAAAUGAGCAACUUAUCUCUGAUCCACACCUUCUAAGGAAGAAACCAGAUGCCGAUGGAUUUAUUGCAAUAUUGUUGUCUAGCAUUGCAAUAUCAGAUGCAACUAAAAAUGAACUGUUGUCUUAUGAGGACUACAUUAAUGUUAUUGAUAGAUUAACUGAAUAAUAUAAUAAAAUUUAAUUUUA